UAUUAAGAUCAGUAAGAUAAUAGCAGAGGAUUGGAUGUCAGCAGACAGUGUGUCUCCCUCUCCAAACAACCCCUUAAGCAGAGCCUUUAGUCAUCCUAUUUCUCCUGUUUAAACAAACAAAAUCAUAUAAAUAUAUAAUAUAUAUUUUUCAAAUAUGCGAAGAGGAGUUUGAAUUUUUGAGAGAUCGAGUUGCUGUUCAACUAUGGAAGUACCUAGCUCAUGGGACGCGUUACGCAAACAGGAGUCUCCUAAAAAAUUCACUUGUCAAUGUUGCACUGUGGUUGAUGAAAGAUGGGGAUAGUACAAGUACGAUGAAUGGAGUACAUGAUCAAAGUUCUCUUCAGCUCAUUACACACCAAGAAGGAGGCAGACUCUCUAUAAUCCUUUCUUGGGAUCACUUUACAUUUGAAGUGGAUGUGAGAGAAGUUGGACAUGACAUUAACGGAUUAAAAAUUUCUCUAGUCCCCAUUAAUUGUGAAUACUGAAUUUGGUUUCCCCAGAUAAGUUGAUGAACAGUUUGAAAUUUAAUACCUUACCCACAGGUGGCAAGCUUGAUUCUUUUUGAGGCAUCAGCCCAACGUGAAGAAUCAAAAUGAUGUUAAGGCAAGAAAACUGGAAGCGCAAUUGGAUGAGCAGAUGAAUUCUUACAGGAAGUUUGUUUCCACUAAGGUUUCUACUAAAGUAGACUCAGCUGGAAAUGAUCUUGAAUCUGGGAUAGAUAGACUACUAAAACAACUACAACAAGUCAAUAUUCAAAUGCAAGAUUGGGUUUCAUCUGGAGGAUCUGAAAUGGUUUCUCACACCUUGACUCGUCAUCAAGAAAUUCUCCAAGAUAUCACUCAGGAAUUUUAUCGUCUUCGCUCCAGCCUUAAAGCUAAGCAAGAACAUGCUUCACUCCUUGAGGAUUUUAGGGAGUUUGAUCGGAGUAGAUUAGAUUUCGAAGAAGGUGUUGGUUCUACAGAACAAGCUCUCCUUAAAGAGCAUAGAUCCAUUAGCCGAAGUGCAGGGCAGAUGGAUUCUGUAGUUUCUCAAGCUCAAACAACUCUUGGUGCCCUGGUCCUUCAACGUUCAACUUUUGGGGGCAUCAACUCAAAGCUCAGCAAUGUUAGAAGCCACCUUCCCUCGGUAAAUAACAUUCUGUCAGCAAUAAAGAGAAAAAAGUCAAUGGAUACCAUCAUUCUUUCCCUUGUUGCAUCGAUCCAUGUUUCUGGGGAAAUAAGUUGCAAGGAUGAGCAAAUCUAUGUAAAAGAUGCAAAGAGAUUGGAAGGAUUAAAAAGGUGGGGGUUUUUUCAACUCAUGCCAAGUGAGAACAAUUCCAAGUAAUGUCUAAUGGUAAAGUUUUGUUUAUCUUGAAUGAUUUUGUAAUGUUGGAAAAAAGCGAGUCAUCAGAGCAAUGAUCAAAAUUAUUUUGUUUCUUCUUCA